AUGUGGAUAUAUAGUGUGAGGUCCACUAAAGCUCCAGCCAAUAAGGCUUUGGCUACGGCAUCUCCUACUCUCAACGGAAACGAAGCGAAGCGAAACACCGCUGCUGAUCCUACCUUCUCCUGCAGCUGUGCUGCCCGCUGCUGCUCUGCCUGUUACAGCUGUCCUGUCUGCUACAACUUCUUCACUCGCUACUACUCUGUCCGCUGCAGUGGUCCUGUCAGACCAUUGGAGAAAUUGGGGGGAGAUGAUCCGAGCGAGGUUGAUGACCCGGAUGAUUUGGCAUUCUUGGUCGGAGGAGCACCGGAACUAAGGAUGGAGAGAUCGGUGUUUGAAGCUCUCUGUAGAAUAUUAGAAGAGAGUGGUCAUUUGAGAAAAAGCCGAUAUGUUUCAGUACAGCAGCAGGUUCAUGUAUUUAUCUACAUAGUAUCGUCACCUGCGGCCAAUAGAAAUGCUCAAAGUCGCUUCCAACACUCUGACACUCUUACACCAACUGAGAUCACGCUGAAUACAAAAUUAUAUCCCUACUUCAAGGACUGCAUUGGCGCUAUUGACGGCUCAUUGGUUCCUGCUCGUGUUGCUGCGGGAAAGAACUCUUUUGCAUAUAGAUGCCCGGGCUGGGAAGGGGCAGCAAACGAUAGUGGAGUAUUGGACGAUGCUCUAUCAAAAGGUUUUACUAUACAGUCUCCGAACCGUUACUGCCUUGCUGAUGCAGGUUACGGUUUAACACCAAACUUCUUGACACCCUACCGUAGAAUGCGAUAUCACCUAAAAGAGUUUUCGUUAGGUGACCAAAAACCCCAGAUGCUUGGAUCGCUGGCUGACGAAAUCUCGUCAUACAAUCGCUAUUACUAUUCUAUGUUUGUAAAACUCCACGCGGUGCGGGUGGUUCACAAAUAUAUUGGCAUAGAUUCGCCUCUACGCUGCAUGACCUUACCGGCCUCAUCGACCCCACCUCAAACACACCUCAUCCACCUCAUCCUCCUCAUCCUCCUCAUCCACCUCAUCCACCUCACCACAAACCCCACCCCCGAAAUCUUCACGUAG